AUGUCGUCGUCAACUUCGUUUCUAAUUUCUUCACUCAUCCUGUUGUUGCUGCACCAUACCACGUCGUCGCAUCCUGAAAUCGCCGACGGCGACAUACUUUUGCCUCCGAAAAAGAGUCACGCCGUUGAAUACAGAAUUCAUGGCGGCGAUGGUUGCUUCACAUGGUCAUGGGACGAUCAUGAUAUAUUAGUGGUCUUGCCGGAGUUCAAUUCGAGUAGCCAAUACUGCUCGACGAGUGCUCGGUUGAAGUCUAUUGCUCCUUACAGUGGGCGAAAGAAAACUACCGUUUAUGCGACUGAUUUUCACAAUGGAACGAUCGUUCGUUAUAGGGUUUAUGUAGAUGAAAUUUCAAGGAUUGAAAUAUUCAACAACCCUCUCAAGCUUUAUUUUCAUGGUUUUGCUCCUCUAAGGGUCCGUGCCUUUGAUAGCGAAGAUAAUGUCUUUUCCUCCUUGGUGGGCCUGCGAUUCAUGUGGCAAAUGAUGCCCGAAACUCACGGAUUGCCUCGUAACCUCGUCCAUGUACCUCUAAAGGACUCUCCAUUGAGUGAUUAUGGUGGCUUCUUCGGUGAUUCGGAUAUCCAAGUAAAUCUUGAAGAGAGUGGUGUUUUUUCGGAUUUGUGUGUUGUGAAAGGCACUGAAAUUGGCGUUUCGAUUGUUUCUGUCAGUUUACUAGAAUCAUCGUCCCGGUACCUGAAAGACGAGAUUACUUUGACAGUUGCAGAGGCGAUGUCUCUCGAUCCUCCAUCACCCGUGUAUGUCCUCAUCGGCGCAGUUGUCCGUUAUACCCUUAAAUCCAUCCGUAGUGAUACGCCACGUGUCGUGAGCCUACCAUCUCCAUUCCAUCACUGGUCAGCCUCAAACUCUUCGGUUGCUGAGGUGGACGGAGAAACGGGUACAGCUCGUGCAUUGAGCUUGGGGGCAACACAAGUUGUUGUUCGAGACACCCGAAUUCUCGGACAGAUGCAGAUAUCAUCUCUCCAUAUUGUCUUGCCCGAUAAUUUGUUGCUAUUUCUGAGGCCACUCUAUCUUUGUGGUGACUGUAAUAUUCCCGCAGCGUCGCGUUGGUAUUUAGUGGCUGGCCAACGAUAUAUCAUUCAUUUAAAGGCUUUAUCGUCGACAGAAACGGGUACGCAUGAGGUUUUUAUAACAGCGAACGACGAGAUUGUGAUUGAUCUGGCUCAUUGGGGGCAGUUUUUCUGCGAUAUUCUCCCGGUUUCUGUUAGAGUUGCUAAUAAGAACAAGUACAGAAUACUAAUUGCAUAUUCAUCUGGAUCGGGAAAGCUUAUAGCGACUUUGGCUUACCGCACUGGGCAUGGUAUUAAGAAAGAAGUUCUCAAGGUUUCUCAAGAAUUCACGGUUUGUGAUCAAGUUGAGUUUGUUAAGGAACGAGCGGGUAACCGUUUUAACAGAAUUCUCCUCCCGUGGGUCCCGGGUGUCUACCAGGAGUUUCAGCUUAAAGCAAGCGGAGGUUGUGCUGUGUUUCCCAGUCACUAUAAAUGGCUAUCUUUAGACGAAGCGGUUGUGUCUGUAUCUGCCUCGGGCAUUGUUCGGGCAAGAAAACCCGGAAAUGCAACUAUUAGAGUAGUGUCGAUUUUCGAUUCAUUGAAUUAUGAUGAGAUGGUUAUUGAAGUUUCUGUCCCUUCUUCGAUGAUCAUUCUGCCUAUCUUUCCUGUGGACCUAUGGAAAACCGAGAGCGAGUCUUUCAUAAUUGUCAACACAACUCUGAGAUUAUUGGCUGUUCGACUCAAUUCCUCGUCGUCGUCGUACGGCCCUGCUUGCGCAUCGACUCUCAUUUACCCAUCGGGUCCCGGCCGCACCAUCGUGCAUGCAACAUUAAAUAGAGAGAAUCGACCCUCGGAAUCUUAUGUCUUGAAUGUUUCCUUACGUGCUGCUGCAUAUUCACCGCUUACUAUACACCAGGCGAGCAACGGGAACCGUUUUGGUGGUUACUGGUUCGAUACGGCUCGUAUUGGAUCUUGGAACGAGCUGGGGAGAUCGGAUGAUGUCAAUCUUGCACUCGGAACUUACUUGGAUGUAAUGCUUUCUGGAGGACCAGAGAGGUGGGGCGAUGAUGUCGAGUUCGUUGAAACUGUGGAUGUAAUCGACGAGGGGAAUACUUAUGCGAAAAGUAGAAUUUUCCUGGAUCGAAUAUCGACCGUUUACGGCAAUUUAUACCGAAUAGGAUGCAAAAGUUUGGAGCCUUUCUCGGUUAUUUUCAGAAGGGGAAACCUAAUGGGCGAAGAGCAUCGUUUUCCAGCUGUAUCCGAAGCUGAAAUGGUGCUUACAUGUAGCUACCCAUCUUAUAUUGUAAUAAUACCCGAUGCAGAAUUGAAGGCUCAUCAAGUUAUACGGUCUGCAAGGGGGGCUGAAAGAACGGUUACAGUAGCCAACGGGCGCGAAAUUCGAAUGUCGGCUGUUGGAAUCAGUAAUUCCGAUAUGGCUUUUGCGAAUUCGUCUUCGUUUAUUUUAAGGUGGGAAUUAAGUGGAUGCGAAGGGCUGGCGACUUUCGAUGAUUCGAAAGGGUAUUCGAGCUGGGAAAGGUUUUUGAAAUUGCAAAAUACAUCCGGACGGUGCACCGUGCGCUCCACUAUUGUUGGCUUCAAUGAUUCUCUAAGCAAUCCCGAUUUGUCUAUGUUGCUCGGGAGUUACGUAGAUCUAACGGCUGCUAUCCAGCUGCAGCUUGUUUCUCCGAUUAGAGUGAGUCCGGAGUUCAGCUUGUUGUUUUUCAGUCCCGUAGCUAGGUUGAAUAUCUCGAUUAUCGGAGGAAGCUGUUACUUUGACGAAAUCGGUAACGAUACUGAAAGUGGACACAUACUCUAA